AAACUAUUGGUUUCGGCUGUCUCUGUCCAUGUCUCUCUGGUGUCUCUCGUUGUCUCUCGUGUCUCUAACAUCAGAAUCAUCGUAAAAAAAAAAAAAAAAAAGUGACUUAAAACCUAAAAAUAACAAAGUGACAUACGUGGGAUUAAUCGGCGACAAUCCAACGAUUUAAAUAGGCCAUUUGCCUGCCACCUUCACGUGUGUUACUCGUAUUUUCGCGAGGGCGCGCAACAACAAGCCGAACAAACACCACGCUCCUGUUCCAGUAUCACCCCCGUUUAAUUGGGCAAAACACUCUGCCAAAACACCGAGCUACAGCUAUCUAUCAGCUUCAGCCACGAAGCUGUUCAACGAGGCUGACGUCUGACGACCCCACCCAUCACAAUCAUGUUGCUGCCAGAGACCAUCACGGCGGCGCAGUUCGACAGCACGCUCCUGUGCUACCCUGUGCUGCUCAAGGCGCUGUCAGCGAGUAAGACCGUGAAGGGAGAUGCGGAGAGCCUGGAAGAGCUCGAUUGGUUUCGCUUUAUGAGCGCGCCGAAUCGGUAUAUGAAGAGGGAGGGCGACAAGAGGGAUGUGCCGCUCGAGAAGGGCGAUGUGGUGAGGCUGGUGAAGUGGAAAUUAAAACAUGGCAAAUUCCGCCCCAACCUCCUCAAGCUCGUCUCAAGCAACAGCCCCGAAGGCGUAGCUGCCACCUCCCUCGCCGCCUUCGCCAUGAAAGACAACAUCUCCGCCAUACGCACCAUGUCGCUCCUCAGCGGCGUCGGCCCCGCCACCGCCUCUCUCCUCCUCUCCGUCCACGACCCCGACAAUGUCAUUUUCUUCUCCGACGAAGCGUUUCGCUGGCUCGUCUGCGGGGGGAAGGAACAGAGUAUCAAGUAUAGUUUCAAAGAGUAUGAGCAGCUCGAGAUCCGCGCCAAGGAACUUAUGGAGAGAUUAGGCGUUGGCGCGAGGGAGGUGGAACGAACAGCCUUCGUGAUCAUGAGAGGAGGCGCCGAAGAACUCAGACCCAUAUCCGCGGCCUCAGUCCAAGAAUCCAGAAUCACGCCCUCCCAGCGACGGAAAUCAAACGAAGAUCCCGCCCCAGCAGAGCGCACCUCCAGCCACCCCACACCACACAAAUCAAAAUCCACGCCAGUCCUCAAACCCCCCAAGACGACGUCCAGCGAAUCGCUCUCUGCGCGGAAACCGCGCACUCCGCGCCCAAAACUCCCCGAGUCCGAGACCCCCGACCCGAAAACCCUAGCGCGUCGCGCGUCCCAACGGCUCCGCGAUGCAAACCCCCCGCCUCCCUGCCCAGAGCGUCCACGCACCACGGAAGAAAGGCUCGAGACCGUGCUAGAGGAUCUAAAAUGCAAAGGCGCCGCGCUAGCACGGGUAGUUAGCCCGCCUCCAUUACGGAAUCGGCAGUUUGCGCGCGUCGGGGGAGACGAGGGGUGUAAAGGAGUGAUGGAGAAGCUAGAAGAGGAAGAGCAGAAAGUAAAGGUUGAAGCUGGGAAGGCGCCUUUGUUGGGGAAGCGGGAUGGGUCGCCGAAGGAUAAAGGGAAGGGGGGAGGUGAGGAGAAGGAGGGAGGGGAGGAGAAGGGGGAGAAGGUGGGGAAGAGGGUGAGGAGGGGACGGUCGAGGGGGAGCGAGGAGGGGGAUCCGCAGAGGGUGGGUUGUGCGGUGGGGUGUUUGGGGAUGUUGGGACGUCCGGGGUGAAUGGGGGGGUGUUAUGAGAUCCCCGUUUGGAUGAGAGAUGAUGUGACGAUAGGGGUACGCGCAUGGAACAUGUGAUUAUAGAUUGCUUUUAUUUUACGCAUACAAACGGCCAGGUCUGGGUUGGGGUGCUGGCACUGGAAGGGGGGUGGGAAAUGGGCAUAUGAGGAGUGG